GCUCCUAUAUAGCUGGAUGGUGGCCUGGGGAGAGUGUUCUGGGGAAGUUCCCGGCUCCAGGCUCCAGAGACUCACUGUAGCAGACAGCCAAAAGUCUCACACCAUGAAGAACCGUCCCGGCGCAUGGGGGCUGGCCAUCCUCUGCGUGCUGCUCGCCAGCCACCUCUCCACAGUCAAGGCGAGAGGCAUCAAGCACAGGUUCAAGUGGGGCCGGAAGCCCCAGACCAGCGGCGACAGCCAGAUCACCGAAGCGCGCAUGACUGAGCACCGACCCGGAACUUUCAUUAAGCAAGGCCGAAAGCUGGACAUCGACUUCGGAGCGGAAGGUAACAAGUACUAUGAGGCCAACUACUGGCAGUUCCCAGAUGGGAUCUACUACAACGGCUGCUCUGAAGUCAACGUGACCAAGGAGAUGCUGGUGGCCAGCUGCAUCAACGCCACGCAGGCGGCCAACCAGGCGGAGUUCGCGCGGGAGAAGCAGGACAGCAAGCUGCACCAGCGCGUGCUGUGGCGGCUGAUCAAAGAGCUCUGCUCUGUCAAGCGCUGCGAUUUCUGGUCUGAAAGGGGAGCCGGAUUUCCGGUCACUGUGGACCAGUCGGUGAUGGUCUGCUUGCUGGGUUUCAUUUGGUUCAUCAUCAAAUAAAAUGGCAAUGAGGCUGGUAGCCACCAAGGUGAGCCUGUGUGCAGAGGUGGAGAAAGGUACCCCAGUUCUUACCACCGACCUCCAACCCCCAAGCAUCAUGAACGUGCCAAAGGGGAGUGACUCAUUGGCACUCCAAAGGUCCCUCCCCAGUACUCCCAGUGUGUUUGUAUUUGACAGUGUUCCAGUAACCCCCAGGCUGCACCCCUGUGAGAUCUGGCCUAUUGCUUCCUCAUUCUCAACUCCCAGCAGUGUCUGGCUGCUACCCUGGGCAAUAAUGAAGGAACACGGGAAUUUCCUGCACACUCCACCGGAUUUCCCAAAUUAGAGGUAGAUGAAGAAACUGAGGCUCAGAGUGGGGAAGUAGCUCGCCAGUAUGUGGCUAGAAAGGGGCAGCCCCGGGAUUCCAUGUAGUCUGUCUCCCCUCAGGUUUUCUGUUGUGUGCAUCCCAAGCUGCCUCGUGGUCACUUUACCACUCAUAAGCCCAAGUGCCCCUGUGUGUGGAGUGAAAUGUGGAAGUCUGCAUUCUGAGCAAUAACUGCAUGCUGAAGCCUUCCAGUGAAUCUAAAAUAUAGCAAAGAAGCUAAACUAAAGU